UUUGCUGAGAUGCCACCACUCAUCCAUUUGUCGCAUGUCUUCGUUUCAGCAGAAAUAGAUGAGCAGAAACAGAUACUCCGAGAGAGAUAGAAAGGUGUUUGUUUGAGAACUUUGGGUUGUUUGCAUGAUCUGUGAAGAAAGGGGGAGGGCGGUCGGAUUUGUAGUUCCCUGUAUUUGCAGUUGUUUCCAGUUUGAUUUGUGGUUUGGUCUUUAUAAAGGCUUAGGCACUGCGGUGAAAGAGAGAAGAGGGAAAAUCAGUUUGUGUUUCCUUUGUAAAGAUUUCAGUUAUUUAUGAUUACUGUCUUCCUCAGAUCCUAGAAUUCAUGAUUGAAAUGGAAUUCAUCUAAAGAAAAGUCAGCGAAAUACAUGCAGGUUCCAGAUUUUGAUAACAGCAGCUUAAACGUGGUGAUUUGGAUGGAGUAAGGAAAGAGCAACAAGCAGUUAGGUCCAAAAUUCAGCAACUUGAUGAUGCAAUUAAGGUCGUAGAUAAGCAAAUGGGAUGAGCUGAAAACUGUAACUGAUAAGAGGGAUCAAGCACAACAGAGCAUUUUUACCUUUAGGCAGCAGCUUGAUUAGCAAGAUAUGUCUGCUGAAACAAGGGACAACGUUGAAAACCAAUUGUGGUCCGAAAACCAAGAUAGUGGCAGCAUCCAUUCAUUUUAUGAUAUUGCUGCUAAUCCAUUUGACAAACAAGCAUCAGGAUCAAAAUCUGAUAAGAGAAGGCGAUUUAUGUUAGAGGGUUCCAUUGAUAGCAGUAUUCAAGUGAGAGCAUCGCUACUAAAAUUAGACAAGAGGAAGCAGUUAAUAUCACAGGGUGGAGUUGAUAAUGGGUGCAUGAACAAUUUACUUGGAUGUGAGUUGCAAGCUGGGACAAGUAAAAUUGGCCAAACCUCAUAUCAAAAAAGUAUUCAAGGGACUGUGCAUGAUUACAGAGAUGUUGGGGACAUGAUAUAUUGUUGUUGUUAUUGCAACGCACUGUUCUGGAGAAAUGAAUCAAAGAAACAGAGGAGCAAGAAUAAACCGCCAAUUUUUACACAUUGCUGCCAAGAGGGCAAGAUAUGCCUGCCACCAGAGCCUGACACUCCGGAAUUUCUAAAUAAGUUAUUGGAUCCUUCAAAGAAUUCAUUGUUUAGAGCUAAUAUUUGUGUUUACAACUCAAUGUUCAGUUUCACUUCUAUGGGUGGAAAAGUUGAUCAUUCUGUUAAUAAUGGUUCCGGACCUUAUGUCUUUCGAAUUAGUGGUCAAGUAUGCAAUUUAAUGGGAUCUUUAUUACCACCUGAUGGUGAAUGCCUAAAAUUUGCUCAACUAUACAUUUAUGACACUUGCAAUGAAGUCCUAAAUCGAAUGAGAGCAGCUGAUUCUGAAAUGACAAAUGAUAAGCUUGACCCAAACAUUGUCUGCAAACUGACCAUGAUGUUUAACGAAAUCAAUGAAGUAGCCAAGUACUUUCAAAAUAUUAAGACUAUGUAUGAAGCUAAUGCGUUUAGCAUCUGUAGCCUUUAACAUCUGCCUAUAAUG